AUGAAUCCUGUAGAAAUUAACCAAAAUGAUCAACAUUCUAUUGAUCACAGUAAUGAAUCAAUUAUGCAAAAUUCAUCCGUUAGACAACCUAUUCAAAGUACAAUUUUUGCCGAUGAUGAACGAAAAUAUUUGGAAGCAGGCUGUUUAGAUUAUGGAGAAUUUAAUACGAAUCAAUCAGAUGAUCAAGCUAAUGACAAACCAAUACGAUCUGCAUUACUCGAUGAACCAUUAUUGUUGAUUGAUCUCGAUAAUUCACCAAAAUCUCAAUCUGGAAAGUAUUGUUAUAAUGAUCAUAAAUUUCAUAUUGAAAUCAACGAUGAAGAGAAGCAGAAUGAAUUCGGUUUGAAAAUGUUGCUUAAAAAAUCAAUAGAAUUUAAAGUUAACAAUAAAUUAUUCACAAUUGACGUGAAUAAUUUAACUUCAGGUCAAAAUCUCGGUGUAGGAAAAUAUGGCUUUGUCCAAAAAGUGAACAUUGAACAGAAUGGUGGCAUUGAUAUUGCAGUUAAACGAAUACAAUUAAGAACAGAACCUGAAUAUGCCGCUGUAAUACAUACGGAAUUGAAAAUGGCAAAAGAAAUACUGAAUUCAAAUCGUUAUCCAUAUCUUCUAGAUUAUUAUGGCCUAAUAAUUGAUACAGACAAUAGCGAAUUAUGCAUCUGUAUGCAAUUAAUGGAUUCGACAAUGAAAUCAUUUUAUGAAACAAUGCAUUUAUACAAUGAAAUCAUGCCUAAUAAUCUGGACCUUUUUAUUAGCCGUUUAAUUCAUAAUGUUAUCACUGCACUUGAAUUCUUAGCAAAGAAAAAUUAUUUUCAUCGUGAUAUUAAACCAGAAAAUAUUCUUAUUAAUAAUCAUGGCGUUUUUAAAUUAAGUGAUUAUGGAAUUUGUUGUAGCAAAGAUGAUAUUAAUUCAAACAAAUAUCGUCUAAUGGGAACAAUUCAUUAUUUAUCACCUGAAAUUCUUGAAACGCCACCACAUAUUUGUUCAGUUCAAAGUGAAUUAUGGGCUUUAGGAAUCACUUUAAUUGAAAUUGUUAAUGGUCAACAUCCAUAUAUUAGUUCAAAUUCGUUGGAUCAAUGUAUAAAAAUCAACAAUUACAAUCCAACAAUUUCUAAUAAGAUUAUUUCGAAAGAAAUCGAAGAUUUCAUUUUAAGUUUAUUGAAACGAAAUGUUCAAGAUCGUCCAAUUUCUUAUGAUGAAAUUCUUAAUAUGCUGUUUAUCAAGAGAAUUCCAAACGAACCAACAAUCAAUGAAUUAAACUUUAUUAAAUCAGUAAUCGAAAUCAUUCAAGAAUUAGCCAUUGAAGUUAAAGAAUGA